CAUAGAACACCACCGGUCUCUGGCUUGGGAUAGAACUUUUUAUGGGCUCUAGCUUUUUUCGUUUUUUUUUCUUAGAAAUCCAUUUCUUCUGGAUGCUGGGACCAGAAUGCACGCGCACUGCUGCUGCUGCUGCCGGUCCAUAAACAAAGCACGUCUUCUCAAUGGGCGCGCGCUAGAUGAUGCGCCGACGAUGCUGCGCGCUGCGAAUGAAAGAAAAAAUCAAGUCGGAUGUUUUCCUGGUUCUGGAUCUCCAACAGGACGCUGGAACAAAGAUGGAAAUACAGGAGAAUAAGCCUUGAUCUGGGACAAACAGGGUUCUUUUCCUCUCUUGCGUUUUCUUUUUCCACCUCCACGGUGUAUGGUAUAUAUAUAUAUAUAUAUAUAUAUAUAUAUAUAUAUAUAUAUAUAUAUAUAUAUAUAUAUGUGUGUGUGUGUGUGUGUGUGUGCACGCGCUGAAGGCACUGCGUUCUAUAUAUUUUUUUUGUAUGUGCCACGGAGCUCGCGCGUUCUUUACAAGCAACACGUUCAAAUCCAUAAAAAACAACAACAACAAAAAAAACCCAUGACGCUUGAAGAAAGGACGCAAUAGAUCACGCAACUUUCAAAGGAAUGCAAAGCAGAUGUUUGGAGACUAAAGAAGAAUUGAAAUAAUAAUAAUAAAAAAAAGAAGCUCCAUGCAGUGAAAAUUCCAGAUUAACUGAGGCAUGCAAGAGCCAAGAAGAAUGAACUGAAUAAAAGACACCAGUGUGAAUGAGGAUGACUGAAAAACCAGCCAGGAAGAAAAGUCUUUAUUUUUUAAGAAGACUGCAGGAACAUAUGUUUAUUUCUCUUUUUAUGAGCCAGGCUUUUUUGCAAAAAAAAAUGAAAUGUUGAAUUGCACACCUUGAAGUACUCGUCUCCUUGUUCUUCAUCUGCUUUUUGAAGUGCAGCCAAAACUAGUGCCAAACGAUAACUGUGCCAAGUCGGGCGAAAAAACAACAAAAAACAUUUCAGACGCAUUUUUUAAUCCAUUUUUUUACCCUUUUAUCUUGCAUUUAGCAUGAUCUUACACAUGAAGUGCUUUAUUCAGGAGUGACUGUUAGCUGUGCAAUUAACCUCACGUUCACUGGUAGGAGUUGGCCCUUGAUUGAGUGACCAUAAAAGGGCCGACAGACGCUUCCUUAAACCCCACGAAGUGACCUGCUGCUAAUUUUGUCCUUGCGAGGCCUGCCAUGUUUCUGCUUCAUCAAUCAACCUCCAAGCCAUUCUAUGCGUCCGCAUUGACUGCUAUUCUUCCCUGAUUUUAGUGCACUAGAAAAGUGUUUUGUCUUCGAAAAAAAUAAAUAUCCUCAAGCCAUAGUUUGUAUAGCCAUCCCAGUCAUGACAGUUAAUAUUAGGUUAUGGGAUAACAAUAUUAACAAAUUCGGUUUAUAAAAGCAUGUUAUUAUAAGAAGGUAUAUUCAGGGACACUCUUGAAACCAGUGACAAGAGUGCAUUCUGCUAUAUUCACCAGCAUAUAAUGAGCCAUUUGUAUGUUUACAUGAGUUUUCCAUUGGUUUUCACUAUUUGGAAACCACACAUUAGAAGUAAAAAAACAAACUAUUCUGUACUGUAAUUCGGAUAGUUUUACUUUGUUGCCCUGAACACGUGCCAUAUGAAUGACUCAAUCACUCCCUCAAAACUCAUAUACAAGCAGACACACUUCAUUUCUGACUUUUUUUAAGUCACAGAUUAACACAUGCCUGCUAGCUUCUUCUCCCUCACUGAUUAGACUCUUCUGAAGUCUUUGGGAUGAGCUAUCUUCCUGUAUAACUUAAUACGAGAAAAAAAGACGUGCACUUCGUCAAUGUUUCAUUUAGAGUUACAUUUUUCACAGUUAUUUGAAUAGUCUUGAUGACCUCCUAAACACAGAAGACUUUCUAUUUAAAGUAUGCAAAAAAUUCCAAGCUAAAAGCUUAAAAAGGUCUUCGUGGGAUUUACUUGAUUUUUCUUAAACCAUUACCACAACCAAAAACUCCUCCAUCUCAUUUCUUUAGACGAUGUCCCAUUACACAUUUGAUGCGAGUUUACAAUUCACAAAGAAUACGUAAAUCACACAAGUAAACGUUUUUUGUGUUUAGUUUUCUUUUUAUCUGAAAUUGAUAUUUUUUUUCAAAGGUUCAAAGAAACUAGGGCAUUUCUAAAUGCAUUUAAUAAUAAUAAACGAAUAAUUCAAGUUAUAAUAGAAAGAAGAGAAGACUUCAGUAUCAAGUUUACACUGAAAGAGAAAUGUUUACGUGCUCCCCUUUAGGUGGAAUACUGUUGCAUCCAAAAUUUUGACAUUCCAUGAAAUUCACGUCACUGAACUUUUCAACAAAUCAUUCAUACACCUAAGUUCAUUUUUCUAGAACAUACGUCAAAAACUUUAUUGUUGAACUAAGACGAAACGAAUACUGUAAAAAUCGUUUCAAGACUAUUUUCCACUUGAUUUCACUCUGUUCUGUUUUGAUGUUGAUAUUUCUAUAGUAUUUCUUUUCCCAAACAGCACUGAAUAUAAUCCAGAUGUUCUUCAACAACGAAAAAUUGUUUUGUCAACUCUGCAUUUGUUGACUGCAAAAAGUUGGCGUAGUAUUUGAAGAAAAGCGAACUAGUUAAGUGAAAUCUAACCUCUUGUGUAUGUUCCGUAUUGAUUUACUUUCUCGACACACCAGUCUUUGAUAUCUUUAAGAACCAGUUUGCAUGAAGUGCUACAUUGCUCUUCUGGUUCACGGAGACGCCCUGAGACGCCCCCUUAUCAUCAUCAAAAUGCCAUUCGCUGCCAUUUUGUGUGUUUUUCUUCUUUUGGACCAUGUAAUUUUCACAGUGGCUGUUAGUUCAGAGCGUCACUCAGCCAAUGGCAGGCCACUGUUGCUUUUCUUGCGAGGCUGGAGCAAAGACAUUCCAACCCCUUCACUGAAAGGGAAAGGAAAAGAAGCAGCAGCCAUAGCAGUGGAACCAGAAGUGGCUGAAAUCCCUGCAAAGCCUCUUCCUCAGAUCAUGCUCCCUCGUAAUAUGACAGCCGAUGCCCUGAAACCCCCACUGGGGGCUGCGCAGGUGGCGCCGCCACCACGUCGUCUGGUGGACGUUGAUGUGUGCAGGGGCUACUAUGAUGUAAUGGGACAGUUUGACCACACCUUUAACUGCACAAAGGGCACUUACAUCUACUGCUGUGGCACUUGCUAUUACCGCUUCUGCUGUGAGCAUCAGCGCAACCGGCUAAACCAGGACAUCUGCACCAAUUACAACUCGCCCAUCUGGGCCAACACACAGGUGCCUGCAACUCAUCCCCCAAGCCGCUCGGAUCCAGACUUCGACCCUUUGCAGCAGCAAAGCAACAAUACAGUUUAUGUCAUCGGUGGUGUCAUUUCUUUUACAUUGGUCGUGGCCAUUGGAGUGAAGGUGGCUUUCCGCAAGGUCUCUCGUAGGCCCAGGAACCGAGAUCUCAAUAUGCCCAGAUCACUGGUAGAUAUAUUGCGUCAUCAGUCCAGCCCAGUACAGCAGAGUGAGAGAAACAACAGCACCACCACCAACAAAGGCAACCAGGGACGGCAGUCCAAAAACCAUUACACACCUGUCCUUCAGAGCAAAGACAACCGGAUUGGGAAACACAAUUUAAUCCAGUCUGGGUCCAGCCCCAAACACACAGCUACUAUAGAACGUGUUCCAAGGAUGAACAAUGCCCAGCUAACCACUGCAGGAACUCUGAUCUCCAGCAAGACCAACAAUACAGGCCACCCUCUAACCUUCUCUCAUUCCUUCCACAACCUGGCCCAGCUUCCUCCAACAUAUGAUGCUGUUAUGAAACCUGAUAUUAACCGUUAUUCCUCUCUCAAGAGACUAGAAAAAGAUCUGGAUGAGUACACAAGUUAUUAUAGCUCGAAAAGACGACCCAACGAUGCACCACCUUCCUUCCACUCCUCACAGCAUCACUUGCAUUGGGGUGGUGAUUACACCCUAGGGACAAGGGGUACGCUUCCCCUGCACUCAUCCCGACCCCAAAUGCAUUUACCUACCUCUACGUCCACGCCAAACCCUUACCCUUUACCCAAGUCGCCGUACAGUCCUACCUUCGAGACAGUGAUCCAGCCUCCACGCCGGGUGAUGUCUCAAGACCAGCUGCUGGCUUUGGGAGAGGGAAGCACCCUGUCUUACUUGUCUAAAAACCAGCAGCACCAGUAUUACAAAGCCAUGGCCACCAGCAAAAGUUCUAACUCAAAGACACUGAGAAAGUCCCACGAACGCCUAAUGUUGUCUCCUGAUGACAGAAUGAUGGGAAUUACGUUGGGGGACUACGGGGGGAUGAUGUCUCACCUCAGCCACCAUAAGAAAACGCAGUCACAGCAGAACGUGUGCGUGACUCCAUUACUUGAACGACACCACAUGAUCAAGAUGAAUUCGCACCCCACAUCUGGCUGUGAACAGGAGUUCAGCACCAUUGCUGCUGCUACCAUGUCAUCUGGUCAUGGAACUGGUUGGGGGGAUGGUCACGGCUCUGCUGGUGGCCCCGGAACGAUAGGCCAAAGCGCCCGCAGGAUGGCGUUUGCUGCAAAGCGACAGAACACCAUUGAACAGCUGCACUUCCUCCCUGGGGCAGGGGGAGGCAGUCAGGCACUGUGGACAGGGAGUAAAAAUGAGGUGACGGUGUGAAGAAGGGGUGAGGCAGAAGAAGACAGAAGACAGGGAUGAUAGUAGGAUUAAGCAUAUUUGCUCAAACGGAAGAGAGGACUAAUACUUUAAACGGAAAGUAUACAGUAGAAUGACAGGAGAUCUGCAUAAUAGGAAAGAUGGAAAAAGCUUGAGAGUGAAGCGCAAUGUGAGUCUCAUAGCAGGAGAACUUGGUAUACUGCUAGGACAGAAGUGAGGCAAUAUGUGGUUCUUGGAGAUCCAUUUUUGCCCCUUGCUGCUUGUUGCUAAGAAACAGGAUAAGAUACCACCCUUGUACUGCAAAGGUAUUUUUAGGAUGAAACUAUGUGAAUAACUACGGUUUCUAGUUUGAACCCAUCUGACUGUGUAUAGAGCAUAUACAUAAUCUUGAAAACAUUGCAUUGCGACAAUUGAGCCAUACUUUUCGAACAUUUUAUGGUUAAAAAAAUGAAUGAAAAUUAUUUUAAAGGUUUUCUCCUCCAGCUCGAACCUUCACAAGCAAGUCUAUAUCGUUUUAUAUAUAAGAUAAAAUGCGUAAUACUUCUGAGUAUUGUUGAGAAAAGACAAUGUAGGAUCACGGGAGAAAAUAAGAGGUGGAAACUUAAAUGGGCUCUGAUUACUGACAAGUAUAUUUGUGAAGACUGUAUAUUUGUGAACUUUCCAGAUGUAAUGUUAUGGCAUCACAAUUAAAACAUUUUGACUUCUAAGUUAGCGUGAAUUCCACUGCAUCUUUAUGUGGGCAGUGAGGGGAAAACAUUUCCGAAUUAUUAAUUGAGUUACGUCAUUAAGCAGAUUUGAAAAAAUCCAUAAGAAGCUGUGAAACUUGAUACUGACAUCCAGUAUAUUGAACAAUUAUUGCGAUACAAUUCUUUUAGAUUCAAGAGUCCUGACUCUUCUAUAAUUCAGCUAGGGGUAGGUGUAGGGUAAAUGUUUGACUUUGAGCCUCCUAUAAUAUGGUGACUAUUGUUGGUCACAUUUAAAAAAAUUUAGAUUUCUUGGCUUUAUUGUAUUACCUUGUUAAGGGCGCCUAUGAGAGCAAUAUGCAGUGGUAUCUUUUGAUUCAUAGGGACAUGUUUAAAGAAUCUAAAGGCCUUGAAGUCUUUUAGUUAGAAUAAAAUACUACCUUGUGCUCAAUAUGUGGCAAAAAAAUCAGCCAGUAGGCAUUGUGCCUGUUCAAGCAUGUCCGACCAGUUAAAGGACUGAUACAUAUGACUUUCCUAGUCCUGGUUCCUGGCAUUUGGUCUGCUAUUAUGGACAUUUGGAAGAAGGCAAAUGGAUCAUGAGCAUGAGUAUUUGUUAGGAACAGAACUGCAGACACAAAGAGUAAGUAUUGAAUAAGAUUAGUAGGAAAAAGGGAAAGUGGAUGGGGAGUUGGUGGACUCUUUAUUCCAAGGGCUAUUCUGAAACUUUUAUGUGUGUUUUUGCUUCUGUACUUGGUCAUUUAUUUAUUUAUUUAUUUAUUUAUUUAUUUAUUUAUUUAUGAUCAUGUGUCAGUGUAAGUGACACAGCUGUAGAACAACAUGCAGAAAACGACAGAGCAAGUUCUUAUAUAGCUAAUUAUGUAAUCUGCCAAGCUGAAUACACUGUAAUAUACUAAGAUAUAUGUUAUUUUCUGAUUAAUGAACAGGCUAGAUUUGGUAUAUUCUACAAAAAGAUGUGUAUAUUCCUCCACUGUAUACUCAGCAGACCCUCAUAAGGCAGUUAUGUGGUGAUGCCUGAGACAGUUUUAAUGCUUGAAAUGAACAGUUAAAAAAAAACAACAAAGGUCCUAGAAAAAUAAUAUCCUUGAAAGAAAAUUCUUAUUUCAGCUUUUGUCUACUUUAGUUGAUUCCAGUAUAAAACGUGUACAAUUUUAUACUGAUUUAUACACUAUAAAAGAAGUCUGAAAUCAAUUUCAUGUUCAUACCAAUUAUCGGUGUUCAGGUCACAGUUAAUGUUUGCUUCCUUUCGCUUCCAUUUCUGUAACUUUCCUUUUUUGUUACUAUACAACUUCCUUGUGGAUCCUAUACUUUGUAAUUAAAGACAAAAAAGAAGCAAUUAAACUGAAAAGAGGAAAAGCAUGAAGAUGUCAAAAAAAAAAAAAAAGCCAGUGUUGAUGUCAUUACUGAUGAUUAGUGAUGUCAAGGUGUGUAUGUUUCCUGUCUGUGUGUCUGUGUUUCUGUGCCUGUGUGUAUUUCUGAAUCUGUCGUUUGGAAUGCUGAAUCUCACAUUUGAUCUGACUUUUAUCCCAAAUGUCAGACAAUGUGCAAGACAAAUUAAACCCCCCACAAAUUUA